AUGGAUCGUUACGUUGAGUUGAUCGACACUUCUAUUUCUACAGUUCUGCACAAUGAGAGUUAUUUAUUCACAGAACAAGAGUUGGAAUACUUCAAGCUGUACACUUCACUUUAUUAUAACCACAAACUCUUUCUGAGUAGGUUGCUCAAUAGGCAGCCACAGAAUUGGCACAAGUUAUCUAAAUUCGAUUUUGGCUUCGAUGUCGAGGAAAUUAUAAAUGACUUAGUUAUACAUCAAUACGAUAACUCAUUAGAUAACGAUUUGGCCCUGGCUAUCAUUCAGUCGCUCGAUUUAGCACGUAUAGAAGGCGAUCAGGAUGCCUGGAAGGAUCUCAAUUUUGUACAGUCAAACGAAUACCUUGAACUUCCCACUACAUCAGUUGAAUAUGUACUAAGUAUAUGUAACAAUCAAGACCUUAUCACGAUAUCUAGAAAGUUCAACUGUCUUCCUAAACAACAGACACGUAAAAACAUGACAGACGCGAUACUGAAUACUUCAACAACACAAUCUACAUUGACUAGUAAUGGAAAAUUGUCCUUCAAUACCUCUGGUAAUCUUCUAAACCAAUCGUUAUCACUAAAGCAAUCAAUAAUAAAGCAGAUGGAUAAAGUUAUUCGCAUAAAUCCACCAAUCCAUAACUUAUUCAACAGGCUUGCGUUUGUGUAUUCCCGUCAAUCGACUCUCUUUUCACCCCCGCAUCACCUACUGUCAACAUUCAACAAAAGAUACUAUCCACAACCAGAGCAUAAACGCACGAUCGCAUUUGCCAGCCGAGCAACUCUUAUAGAAUUUAUUCAUGCUCUAAACUUAGAAGCUGAAUUUGAUCAAGCACUCGAAGAGAAAGACUAUGAAGAAGCACAGCGUGUAGCUGAAUCAAUUCUCGAUAGAUGGCGUGAUAUGAUACAUUCUAACAUAAUAAUCAAAAAUUGGCGCGCUCGAUAUUCAGCUGGACAUGUAUACACCCGUUUGGUUCACAAAUUGUCAGGAAUUUACUCGCGUAACAAACGCUAUGAAGAGGAAGUCGGCCUAUUGCGUGAGCUACUCGCUCAGCGAGUCUGGCGAUCAUCAAGAAGAGGGGCUUGGUACUCUCGACUAGCACUCGUCCUAAUGACGCAUUUCAAGAACACAGAAAAGCUCUCAUACUACUUGAACGAAGCACUCAAUGUAUGCGCUGAAGCACUGAUGGAUCAGGAUACCCACGAGAUAUACAAACCAGAUCUCUAUAGACGUAUAACCAGACUCGAGAAAUCGAAAGUAUUUAAUCUUUCACAGGAAGACAGAACACCAGUUUUGAAGCUACGCAAUCCAAACAAAAAAUUCGUAUAUGCUGAUAGAGACUACUCUACGAUGACAACACAUUCUUUUUGGAAACCUUUCUUUCCAGUCGUGGUACAAGAUGGUGAAGAUCCAGUGGAUACACUACGAGUUGAAGAUAUCGCACUUCAAGCGUACAAUAUCGAAGGUUGGAAAGGUUUACAUACGGAAGGCCGAAUAAUUCGUACAAUCUUUGUUUUGGCAUUAUGGGAUAUCAUAUUUGAACCCAUUGAAGGGGCUUUUGAAACACCAUUCCAAACCGCUCCUUUGGAUCUCAGCGAUGGCGACUUCUACCAACACAGGAGGGAGUCUAUCGAGAAGCGACUUGAAGAAAUACAAGAGAUUGGUGCAAAAGACCUCGUCAGUGAGAGGUAUGAUGCUGAAAUUGAGAAACGUACUUGGGCAGUUGCUGUUAAUUGGGAUUACGAGAGAGAGGAUUUGGUAAAUCUUACAGAGUGCUUCGAAGGUCGCUGUCUGGCUCAGAUAUUCCGUGUUUUGUGCCAGGAUUGGGAUAAUCGCACAGGUGGGAUGCCAGACCUUAUUCUAUGGAGAAUGGACAGCCACACUGUGAAGUUCGCUGAAGUCAAAGGACCAGGUGAUACACUCUCAGAAACACAAAAAGUCUGGAAUGAUGUACUUCUUUCGACUGAAUGUGAAGUGGAUGUUUGUCAUGUAGUAGCAUCAAAUGUACAAGACGAAAAGGACCAAAUAGUCACAAAGAAAUUCCAAAAGAGUAAAAGCGACUCAAAAGACUCACUUUUACCAUCAAUUGUUCGCAUGAGACGUUCGAAAUCAGAUCAAAACGUCAAUCAGAAGACCAUAAUGCAUAGGUCAAUUUCAGAGCAGCCACUUACAGCAAAGACCAACGAAAUACUCAGGAGGGACAUGUCGAUGCCACCACCCGAUAUUGGUAGGACGCGUACGCCGUCUGAAUUGAACAUAGAUAUACCCAAGACGAGAUCAAUGAGAAGAAAAUCUAGUGGCAUAUCAACUGCCUCAAAAGCAACCAAGAAACCUCGUGUAAGAUCUGAAUCAUCAAUCGAAAAUUAUUUCAACAAAUCGUACUAA